GGGCAGUAGCGCGCCCGCCAGCACGCCGGCCGCAGCACGCCACCGCCGCCGCCCCCGCCAGCACAGCAGCAGACCAGCAGCGGCAUGGCUCGCACGCGCGCAGCGGCUCUUGCGCUCCUGGCGCUGCUCGCCGCCGCGUCUGCCCGGACGGUGAACAUCUCCAACGCGUGGUUCCUGCCGCAGGAGGGCUACCCAGUCUUCUACCGCUACUUCCGAGACCGCAUCACGUGGUUCGAGGCGGACGCAGUCUGCCAGUUCCACCACGCCAACCUCGUCACAGUGGAGACGAGCGCUCAGUUCGACGCCACGCGAGCCUACCUGCGAGAGCUGGACGUCACCAACAACGUGUGGAUCGGCCUCAAGAGGAACGGACCCAACGAGCCUUUCCUCUGGCCGAACUACAGCGCGGUGGACCCGUCUGCGAGUGCGGCGGGCGGCGGCUCGUGGCUGGAGCAGGCGUCGCGCGGCGAGGGCCCGCAGUGCGCCGCCACCGACCCGGCCGCCGACUUCCGCUGGCACAGCCUGCCCUGCGGCGGGCCAGCCGUCGCAUCCUUCAUCUGCGAGCUGCCAGUGCCGGCGUGGGCGCGUGCUGAGGACGGCUGCCUGCUGACGUCACUGCCGUCGCUGACGGUGACCUUCCUGCCGGAGCAGGGCGCCGUCGAGCUGGCGGCCGACUGCGGCCUCGACGGAUCCCGGCGCGUCGCCUGCAGGGGACAGGCGAGCCGCGAGGAGAUGGAACGUCAACUGGCCUGCGAGCAGGAAGCCACCACGUCAACGCCCACAGUGUCCACUAUGAGGGCGACGAGCACGACUCAGGCAACGAUGACGACUACGGCGGUGGCCACAUCAGAGUCGGCGCCAGCUUCCACGGCUGAGACGGAACAGACGGCGACCACCGGCGACGACGACAGCGUCGGCGACGACCGGUCGCGCCGCGAGACGCCGGGCUCGGACGCGUCUCCGGCACCGACGUCUGCCGGCACCGAAGCGCCGCCCGCGGCCACAGAGGCGUACUACGACUCCAGCGUCAGCUCCGUGACAGACGCCACCGCGUCUUCCGGCUACGCAGAGGUCUCCACGGCCACCGGAGUCGAGGAGAGGCGGGACGCUGUCCCGGAAGCGACGCCGCCACCUCCUCUGUCAGAGGACGCGGGCGGCGGCGGCGGGGAAAGGCGUACGCCGCCGCGCCUUACGACGGCGUCGGCCGCGACGCAAGCGGCGUCGGGAGUGGCGGAAGUGGCGCCAGUGUCGACUGGAGCGAGCACGGUUCGGCUGGGCAGCACGACUGGCGCCAGCGCGGCGCGGACAGCAGAGGCGGGCCAGCAGGAGGUGGAGGCGGCGGACCCGCUGCAGUACGAACCCGAGGCGCCUCCGCCACACAGCGGCCGCAAGAGGCGGCUGCAGAGGCCCCAGGAGCGCUCUGGCAGCGUCUACCCCUACCUGCUCAGGGUGCUCGGCUAGUCGCACUGCUUCUCAACAAUUGUAGUAGCUACGUAAUUACUAUUUGUCGCACAGGGACUUGCGUACUGCAGACGACUGGUCACCUCACUGCCCGGACGGGUCCUCGUAUUCUCCUUGCACUUUUUUUAUAUGUAAAUGCCUCGAUUUAAUAGUGCAAUAGCUCCUGACAUUUGAUCUGCAGGUUCUAAAGCCUUUUUUUACACCAGAGAGAAUGGAAGCAAAUGCGCAUUCGCGGAUAAUUUGCUGCUGUUCAUUACCAUUCUUUCGUACGCUGGAGGGAAGUGAAGACAGUACGAGAGUACCAGAAUAGCAUCUCAAUGCUGGGAACACGGUGUUAUUGUUCUUUGGCACUAAUGAUCGCAACACCUGUUUCACUCGAUACGACACUAGUUAUCGCCGUGAUGCAAAACUGUCAUAUUCUGACAGGAUUAAUUUGCAUGGCGACCACGUCGAUUUUGAUGAAGCGAGCAAAAUUGUGUAGGGAGAGACAUGGACAUCCUCAGAAACUUGUUCAAGAGGGGGCAAGAUUCUAAAAUUUCCAUUUUUUUGGUCAGAAAACUUGAGAAAUUCUUGUUAAUUAUUAAAGUAAAUAACCAGAAAAAUGCCACUGGUUAAUAUUCCUGAAAGUAAAGAAAUAGGAAAUAAACUUUAAAAACGCUGAUUCAGUUUAUACCACUUAUAAUAUUAUGGUUUCCUGACAUGAUCACUCAGUUCAGGAGGCGCCAUAUAAUUUUGUGUUGUAAUCUUCUUUUGAAAAUCAAUUUAUUUGCCAAGGUCGCUAUGUUAAUACAGUUACUGGGUUUUGGCAAUAUGUAUUGCCAUCCUCAGCUCCAUAAAACCGGGCAUUCGUGGCUACGUUAUACAAUGCUUACGUCAAUCUGUCACAUGAGGGCAGAGUAAUUGUCGCAACUAAACUGGCUUUACACCACAGAGCAAGCUGUGGUGUGUAGCCUAUCUGUCUAGUUCUUUGCCAUACAUACUCAAAGUUGUACAUAUUUCAUAAUAGAAGACCUGGCGUUUCAUUGUAAUGCCUCAAUUUUUAUGAAUAUUGUAUAGCCCUCAUGUGAUAGGAGUUGUGUUAGCAUUGCAUUCUGUAGCUACCACUGCCCAGUUUUAUGGAUCUGAGGAUGGAAAUGCACAUUGCUGCAACUACGAGUAGUAAUCCAGUAAUUGAGUAAGUGUUAUAACAUAGCAAUGUUGACAAAUAAAUUGGUUUUCAAACAAAGACUAUAACACUUAUAACAGUAUUUGCAAAACCUCACCUCUGAACAUCUUAAUGGGUGUUAUCGCAAUACUUUCAAACCUUCUAGUUGUUAAAGUUCACUAGUAUACUUAAAGAUUAAUAAAAUGUGAUUUGAAAGCUACAUUUUUCACUAGGGAAGCUCUUAAGAGGUUUUUAAGGCUAAGCUUACCCAAAAAUUUGGAGAAAACUUACAAUUAGAUAUAGAAUAUAAAAAUGCAUUGAAAACAGUGUAAGUUUGUUUUGCAUGUUACUACAGUUUCAUCCAAUCCAUCCAUGAGCUGAAAGUUAGUGUGUUAUGCAUGCUAUAUGGUUUAAUAGUUCACUGCUGGUUUCUAGAAAUAGUCUCUUGUUUCCACAUGGCAGCACACAGGGUCACAGGCAGUCAUGUAUGUUGUAUUUAGGAUUGCCAGAUUAAAUUGACAAAAUUACUGAUUGUAACCUGGUGAAAUGAUCUGCUAUGGUGAUGUCUGAGGGUGAACACAGUAAAUUAGUAAACAUUAAAAAUUAUGUUUAAAAUUGCUAGUUUCAGUUGUCAACAAUUUUUUUACUUUUAAUUUUCGCUAAAAUUUACUUGCAUGUUGCAAACCAAAUUACAACAAAUGCAUAAUUCCGCUUUUAUCAUAUCGUUACUCAAUUUGUUUCUAGCAUCAGACAGCAACACAAAAUAGUGUGCAAAAUUAUUAUAUGCAAUGCUGAAAUCAAGAAGAUAGUGUGAUCACAGAAAAACGGUUUUUAUUUAACAUUGGUAACCACUGAAAUAACUACAAUGCAUCACCCACAGUGAAUGUAAGGAAAAUGAUCAGGUCUUUUGUAUAUUUUUAGUUCUAGUCAGCAUAAUAGAUACUUAUGAGUAGGUUCUUGUUUUCUUUCAUGUGCCAUUAUUUCUUAAUAAAAAUAAAAACAAAAUUUUUACUUAUUCAUUCCAUUCCUAUCUAAUGAAUUUAUUGUCUUUUUCACAUCUCCAGUUGCACAUUCGAGUUUUUGGCAGUUUUAUACUGAUUACAUUUCUCUUCCUUCAACAUUUGUCCUGAGGCUCCCACAGGCACCUUCUUUCCUCUGUAUCUGAGUUGUCAGUGCAGGUGACUCCCAUGCAGAGGACGUGAGUUUGAUAUCUGGUCAGAGGACUAAAACAGAGUACACUCACCCUUGUGAGAUCAACUGAGAAGCUACUUGACUGAGUUGAAGCAAUUCCAAGGUCAAUAAACCCGACAACACCCAGGAGAGAUGUGUGCUGGUCACAUGCCCUCCUUACACCACCAUCUGUAUCUAGAAGGAUUUGCUGCAUACCCAGUGAUGCCAUUGGCAGAGUAUGAGGUGACAGAGGAUUGGGCCUCACUGGCCCAUCUAGAUCCAGAACCUUCUCAAAGAUAUCUAUUAUGUUUAUAUUCUGCUACCAAAAACAUUACAGUCUCUUCAGACCCCUCUGUUGUCAACACAACUCACAGCAACAAAAGUUUGCUCCCCAAACAGUGGAUAAAAGCUCUCUGUGUUGCUAGCACCAAAGUGGAGAAUGUAAACUUCCUUUGAUUGUUCACUGAAAGACCAACAACCAGCAGAACAUGAGCAAACUCCUGUGAAUGUGAACUGAAAAUGGCCAAAUGGUAUCCGCUUGUGCUUGGCUACUGUUUACGUCAGAGAGAUUAUCUUUCAUUGAAGUUUGUUCAUUUAUGUUACUGAGUGAGGUAGCACAGUGGUUAGCACACUGGACUCACAUUCAGAAGGAUGACAGUUCAAACCCAUGUCUGGCCAUCCUGAUUUAGGUUUUCUGUGAUUUCCCUAAAUCACUUCAGGCAAAUGCCGGUGUGGCUCCUUUGAUGAGGCAUGACUGAAUUACAUCCCCAUUCUUCCCUAAUUCAAUGGGACUGAUGAUCUCGUUGUUUGGUCCCCUCCCCCAAAUCAACCAAACAACAAAUCAUUUGUGUUCACUCUGCUGCAAACAAAGCUUAAGAAUUCAGUUUAAAAGAACUAAAGGCUACCUGCAGUGAGCUGUUGUUUUCCAACUUCAAUAUUGCUGAUGCCUUCGCCCAUUGCUACACAUGAUGUAACUCAAAAUUAACAACAUAGUGCCUCGGUACUGGCACACACAAUACACACACACACACACACACACACACACACACACACACACACACACACACACACACACACACACACAUUGUAAAGGCCCACUGUGGCUGAAUUCAGAAUUACUGGAAGAAAUGUAAAACAGGACCAUAUAAAACAGCAUUAACUGAGCCAAUUAUCACCAACCUAAAUUCAAAAGCGUAGCUGUCCGAUUUCGGGAAUAUUCUGGUUGUCCAACCAUCUUUCUGCCAAGCCUACUUCAUUAGGUGAGGGGGUACAUCAACAAAUGAUUCUUAGAAAGGAUUUGUUAACCAUGUUUGGCAAAUAAUUUCUCCCAUCAAUAUUAUGGAACAAGUUCAUAAGAACGCACACUAGAUCACAGUGGAACAUAACAUACAAAUAAAACUCUUGUAGCAAUUAGCAAUAUGUAGAAUGUGAUAAAAUAAAAUAGAAUUAUGUCAAAUGUAUUCUUCAAAUAUUGAAAAAUACACACAAUUUUAUGUCACUGGUCUGUUACUUCCAGUGCUUUUAAAGUACUGAACAAUCAUGUGCACAUAAUUCUAAACAGUGUUAUUAUAUUCAGUUCAAACCUGCUAAUGCAUAGUUUUCUCCUGACAAAGUAGGAAGUGUUGCUGCAGGCCCCCUGAUAGCUCCUGGCCCAUAGCAUGUGCUAUGUGGAUAAAGUAUUUCAGCCAGCUUUUCACCUUCAGAUAAUCCCAAUGAAUAUUAGUUGGAGACCCUACUAGGUCAUUAACUGUAAUGAAGACAUUCCACUGAGCAUGUGCAAACCCAAGAUUUCGAAUGCAAAUGUGCAGAGUAGUGGACUAUUUUUUGCAAUUCUGUCUACAAUUUGACCUGGUUUUAGGAUGGUCAACACAAGUUUCUGGUGUUAAACUAAAGGGCUUUGUUAAUUAGAGCAUCAGCAUAUUGUCAACCUCUUUGAUAAUACUGUCCCAGGAAGAGGAAGUAACACCAAAGCUCUUUUUUUUAGUCAAUCUACUCUCUUAUAUUCAGACUACUGGUCAGGAAAUGCAGUUACUCUAACAGUGUAUGGCGCCAGUGUUUGUUGUACAUAUUCUUAAGAGACAGAUCUCAGACAGCAGCUACUGAGCAUUGACUGAAACCAUGACAUUGGAUAAUCAACAUAUUGAGAUCAUCUCUACUGCUUCCUCUUUCUGGAUCAGUCUUACCAAAGCAGUAUUCCAUCUUCAUAUAAGUGAUGAUUUGAUUAAUGACAAAGCAGAAUCUAGCUUCAGUGAAGCUUAAAUCCACUGCUAGUCCUAUAAUCAAGUAGAUUGUAGGGGGGGGGGGGGGGGGGGGGGAGGGGGAGAGAGCUUGUUUCCUGAGUUGCAUUUCACAAAGACUCUACUGAGAGUUUUCAGCCAACAUUAAAAAUCAUCAAUUAAAGAGGAAGAAUUGCUCCUGCAUUGAAAUUAUGUGACAUUUCAGUGGAACCAUCCAACAUAGCACACAAGAGCCUAAACAAUACACAUUAUGUUCUGGCCGAAACACUGGUGAGUCAUCUUUCACACUUUCAGUUGCCUUGCAUAAUUCCAAUCAACUCUACACAAAACUGUGUGCAAGAGGUAGGCAAUUAUUCAAAUAAAAUGCAUGUAAACUAGGUGUCAAAACUCUUUACUGCUAUAAGGAAGAGGGAUUCAUGUUUCAGACAGAGAAUUGUAGUGUUUAUUCAGUAGAAAUACAGCUAAACACUGUAACAUAACAGAUUAGUUAUUAGGUUUCAGUAGUUGUUAAUUUAUGUGGUCAUUUGUUGGUCAUUUCUACCUAUAAGCACAAUUAAAACAAGGCCUUUACCUGAAAAGAAGCAGCAGUCUUCAUAACUUACCAACAUCUCUCUCUUUUGUGAUUCAGUACUUGGCACUGUUCUCCACAAUGUGAAAAUAAGUUGAUUAUAAUAAACUUCUCACUUAGGGUACAAGGUACCAGAAUUAAAAUUAAGAGAGGAAUAAACUCAGCAAUUACCAUAUAGUUCUUCAAGAUUAUGUAUCUGGAAUAGUGUUUCACUCUUCCUCUUUCAUUCGUGUGUGCAAAGUGGAUACAGUUACACAAGACCAAUCAUAAGAGUCCGGCAAUGUGACACUGAGAGGCACUGUUAUUUCAUCAACAAGUCAAAGGAACAGAAUGACAAACCUAUCAACUAAUACUUGGCCAAGCAAAGCAAUGCAUAGUUUCAGUGUGUCUGUCAACAGUCAUUUGAAUAUUGUCAGCACACUUUUUUGCUGAUUUGUGAAAGGGUUUACAGAGAACAGACACAUGAAGCUCCACAGCAUGCAUAGAGUGCUGGAGAGAGAGGAGCAGUAUAGAAGUUACCUGCACCAAUUAACAUAGAGCAGAAAAAAAAUGUAAUGUGGAGGUAAGCAACUACUGUACUUUUUGUGCUUUUUGCAAUUUAAGAUGAAAUGCUUCAUCAACUAACACAUAUGCAGCACAGUACCUGGUAUUACAUCAUAAAUAACAGUUUGUUAAAACUGAUAAGAACUUAAAACAGGAAGCUUUACUGCUGCAGCUGUUCUAUAUUGAAGUGUCAUUGGACACCAGACGAUAUCAUUAGUAACGCAACACACUGUUUGCUUGACUUUGACUGAUUUCCAAUUAAGGACUAAGAAAUUGAGUUGUCAGGGAGUGUACAUACUCUACUGAUUUAGAUAAAAGUAAUAAAUUUUCAUUUAGCAGUAUUUAUUUAUGUAAAAAUACUAUCUACAGUCAAUUUAAAAGCUAGUUUCCUCGUCAAUAACCUUUGUUUUAUUAAAUUUAGAUCUCAGUAAUUUCUGAUUACUAAAUGAAAGAACAAUAUCCAAGCAGUUUAAUGACUUUUAAACAAUAAUUAUGUAUAUAUUGAUGAUAAAGGGUUCUGGAAAUGCAAGUGAAGCAAACAUUCUUCACUGGCUGUGUCCACCAGCAUACAACUGAAACCUCCAGCAGUGAAAAUAAUACAUCAGGUUUUUAAUACAAUCAACUGUAAAGCACACUAUUGAACACAGGAGUUCUUAUUCUUACAAAUAACUAUUCCACAUGUAACACCCAUGACACAUUGUCUGAACUAGCCAUUUGCGAUCUCUCUUUUUCCAAUUAGAAACUGUGUUUUCAAUAUUCCUCUAUCACAAAUGACUGUUUAUUCAGGCAGUUGCUGUACUUUUGACUUCUUUGACAAUGUCAUUUCACUAUAUCAUUAACAAAACAAUGUAAACAAUAGUUAUUAAGUUCAUGAAAUAUGGAAACAAAGUUUCUCACAGUAACUUCCAUUUAUAAAGUAUGAUAUUCUUGUUGUUCUUAUUUUUAACUCAUCAUCUUUGUCAGCACCCACCGAUGGUCAUCACACUGUCAGAGAUUUGUCAAUGUCUGUGCUAUUACUGGUUCCUAUUAAAUAUAAAUAACUUAGAGAAUUUCUUUGCAGUUUCUCAACACUGAGUGCCCACUUCCAUGCACUACUAUAAACAAAAAGAUGCUGAAAAGUUAUCAACUCAUUUUUUAUCUUUCAACAGGCACUACUAACACCAUAGAAAUCAACACAAUCUCUGGUAGAAAGAUGACAGACAGCUGUUCUGAUGAAGAUGAAAGGCUAUUGUUGAAAGCUCAUAUUUUAAUUAAAUAGAUGUUCACAGAAUGUUCAUGUCACACACAGAAUCUUGUUUUUUCAUUCUUUGCUCUUUUGAUUAGAAUAUUUUGUUAUAGUUACACAAUAAUGAAAUCUCUAUAUUCUAUCAGUACUUUGCUCAGCAAUCCUAUUGCCUUUACUGGCAGCUGUAGAAACACGUUAUUCUACUUUAGAAUUAUCUUUCAUUAUAAAUCACAUGUGGGUACAUCUUCUGAUGUUGAUGUUUAAAAUAUUAAUAUUGAGAUAAAAUUGUUCAAUUAUAUUCUUAUCAGUAAUAUAAAUUUAAUGUCAAUUAUCUUGAAUUUGCACAUGUCCAUUUUGGUUGAGUUCACUGUGGAUUCUUGGUGAAACAAUGUCUGUAAACUAUAUGCAAAAAUGUGUAUGCUCAAUAAUUACUCAUGCACAUUAACAUUUACCUCUGUAUAUAUAAACUGUGCAGUAGCCUAUGAAUGUUUCUUUGUUUUGGUCUUAUUAUUUGAGCCACCCCGCCAAUAUGAAUUUUGAUAAUCAAGUAACAACAAGCUGCAUAUGUGAAUUUGUAUACAUCUUGGCCGUUUUUAAGUUGUCAUUAUGUCUGUCAUACUCUUGGGGUUAAUUAAUCAAGUGGUUGCUAUCCUAACAAUUUGAGUCUAAAUCCAUCAAUUUAUUCAGUUUGUUCAAUUGAGUGAUAAUCACAAAUAAUGAAACAACAGCCAUGAAUAAACCACAAAGGAAUCUUUUAUGAAGCCUUCUUUAGAAGUGAUCUGUAUUUUUCUAGACAUCAACCAACAAACUACUUUUUACCCACACAUUUUUAUGUUCAUUCUGCUUCUUGUUACUUUGUAUUUUAUUCUUUGCUAUGUGACCAGUGUCACUUUAUCUAUGAAAUGCUGUAAGUAAAUAAUAUUAAAUAAUUCCCUACUAUUUAUGCAGAUUAGCUCCUCUAUAUUAAGGAGAAUUAUCAUCCACUACAUCUAGAUAGUUUUUCACUGUUAUUUUCUGAUAACGCUUUUCUGUACUGUGUACAAACAACUGCCCAGUUGCUAUUUCACUGGCUAUUUGGGAAGUAUUAAAAUAUAACAACAAAAGCAGUAGAUUGUUCCAUAUUUAUUACUUUUUUCACACUUUGAUUUUUUCACCAUCUCUGAAGCAUGUAACAGUUGGCUGACAAGGUAUACAACAUGGCUUAAAGAAAUUUAUUGUUUAUGGUUACAUUGCAGGUGAAGAUAAUAGGUAUAUAAGCAAAUGGUAAACAAAUAAAGAUGCAAAUAAAUGGUGCAAGCAUAAUACGGCACAUGAGGCCAGUGUCCCAGUAGCGUAGAAGGCUAACAGCUUGAUCAGUGGUUUCACUGUUUCAGAAGUUAAUUUGUAUUUUAGAUGAAGGAAAUGUAAUAAAUACAUGAAAUUAUUUAUGCUACUAUCAGAUUACUGUAAGAGCUCCCAUAAAUCACUUCAAAUGGAACUGCAUUUUUAACUGAGAAAAAGAGUAGAACAAUGACAAAUAUCUGAUUAUUGAAUGUUCUGCAGCAGUGUUAGGCACCAUAUGAUGCAACAUGAACAGCUUGCAUCAUUUUCAAAGCCUACGGAUCAUUCGUCUGUAGCUAUGUACUUUUCUUGCUACAUCCCCAUUUCAUAAGACACAAGCACAGAAGCUGUUUACAUGUGCACAAAGCAGUAAACACAUAUGCAUGCACAUAUUCACAUCAACUUGCCUUACAGUCAGUGCACCUCAGUAAACUUGCACCGUCCUGGUCCCGUCCCACUUCUUGCAAACGCACAAGCAUAAAGCAUCACUUUUCUGUCAAUUCUCUUGCACAUCUAGAGCUGGAAUAGCUUAUUUUGGGUGUGAGAAUUCCCUACUAACCUGUUCCAGCAUUGUGCCAUAAAAUAUUUCAAUGUUUUUUUUUUAAUAUUUACAAGUAAGUCAAUCUGUUGCUUCUUAAGCUUUAGAGCAUUAGCAGAGUACAUAUUAUAUCUUUAUAAUGUACAUACCUCCAAAAUUAUCUAUAUAUUUAUGUGUUUAGAUGUAGAUAUUGGUAACUCAGAUAGAAAAUGUUUAGCGAUGUAUACAGAAGCAAAUUUUUCUGUAAGCAACAGGAUAUGGUCAUAAGGUUCACACAUUUUUCAGAUUAUCAUGCAGAAUGACUAGUUCAUUAAUACAGUUAUUAUAGCAUUAGUAAAUAUGUGGGCGUACCAUCCACAUAUGAAUUGUUUUUGGGCAUAAGAGUUUUAAAUUCAUUCAGCUGAGUGAGUCUUUUAGUCUGUUCACAUCAAAACUGUUAAUGUUUACAGUUCCUUAGAAUGUCUAUUGCUAUCAAAAUAAAAAUAAAUUGAAAAGGGAAAGAACAUGCCUUAAUGAAACUAAAACAAAGUAAUUUUAGAAAAAAUUAUAUUUGUCAAGUAGUAUGACAAACACAAAACAGAAAUAUUCACUAUCUUCCAGCAUCUGUUGUUUCUUUGCACAUCUCAGAGAGAAAAGGAAUGACCAUCUCAAAUUAGGCAAUAAGUCAGGGAAAUCAUCCAAUAGUCACAGUAAAACAGGUUUGGGUAUGGGACAAGUGAACAGUGAGAUGUCAGGAACAAAUUUUACAUUAAACCCAGAGCCAAAACGACAGAGAAGACUGCAGACACAUCACAGAGAAUGAUGAGGGAUUAGAAACAUAGAUGAGAAAGAUAUGUAAAGGUGUGGGGGAAAAGUAAUAAGAAAAAGAUAAUCAUCACAUCUUGAAAAAUAGGUAAAACAGUAUAACAGACAAAAACAUAAAAUGAGAGAGAGAAAUAUAGCCAUAAUAAUAAAACAGGUGAUGCUCCUUCUGUAGGAAGAACCUGGCAGUGAUAAGACUGACAGUGAAAAUAAGUCAAUAAUAAACAGUGAUUUACUAGUCACAGGGGGAUGAGUGACAUGAGUCAGGCAUGUGCCAUUGAAAAACCCUCCACCUACAAAAUCACAUAUUAUUGGUGUUGAGUGCAUUUUACUCAUCUUUGCUUCUACAACAGUCUCUCUUCUCUUUGAGCUGUUAACAGCCAUUUAUAUCACUUUCAGGUUCUCAUGUUUUCAGAUCUUGUCCAGACUAAAAAAAACCUCUGGUUCCAAAAGCUGGUGACUUGGUAAGUUUUAGUAUGUCUCUUGUCAACCAGCCAUCACAUGGUAAUAGGAAUGGUUCUAUUUUCCUUGAAAAUGUACAUGAUGAGCUUCAUAAAUUUGUUUAUUAUCAUGUACAAAUAUUUGUAAUAAAAAUGAGCUACUCAUUUUUCUUAUCUGUUCAAGCCUACUCAUUUAAAUGAACAUGAUGAAACCAACCAUUGUCUUUAAUUAUAGUAAUAUUUCAAAACUUACAGUAUGUAUUGUAAAGUUCUUUCAGAUGUAGAAAGAAAUAGUAUGUUUAACUGCAAUUUUUGAUGUCUCAUAUCUCCCUUCCACCACAUAUUCAGAAAACAUAAAGGACACAGUCUAAAGGUUUUUGGAUACUUGUGAUGGAGUUAAUGUUAAUCAAAUAAGAAAUUACAGUCAAAAUAGCUUUGUAAAUACUAUCUGCAUACAUAAGCAAAUGUGGUCUUGGUGUUUGGGUCUGGAACAGUACAAAAUGUAUGCACUAGGUGGAAUGAAUUUAUGCAGUAAAAAAUAAGCCAUGCAUAAAAUAUUCAGAUAUGGUAUUCUCUUUUCAGAAAAGUAUGUUGUAUAUAAUCCAAAACAUAUCUAUUCUGAAAACUGGUUAUUCUGAAAUCUUUCUUAAGCAGUGUUUGUAAUAAAUAAAUGACUGAGUGCCAACUCCUUUAUUCACCUGUAAGAAGAUUUUUCUUUUUGGUAGCAUUUCAUAUCCUGUUGAAGGCUAGAUAGCUAGUUUACAGGUAACUUGGUGUAUUUAACAAAUAAAUUCUUCUGAUAAUUAAUAUACUUGUCUAAAGUUCUUUUUUCUAUAUUAUUUUGUAUGAAGUAUUUACAUCAAAGAGUAUCUCUUUUGUAAAGCUGUGCCAGAAAUCAGAUAGUAAAAUAAAAUUGCUGAUAUUACCAGA